UUCAAAAGUCCACUCUUUGACCCGAAAGUAGACACAGUCCAUUGUAUCAUCAAAAAAAACAACAAAAAAUCAUCUUCUUCUCUGUACAACAAACGAGAAAUCAAGAAACCAAAAAAACAUUCUCAAACAAAUCGAAAAAAUGGUCUGUGUAAUGUGCUUAAUACCACUGUUCCUCGUUCCGAUCGUUAAUUUAUUACCUGUUCUCUUUCAUAUUCUCAUGUCGAAGAUUUAUAGAAUUAUGGGGAAGGAGUAUCAGCGACCAGAAAGAGCACCUCCUGCUUGUCCUAUUAAACCAUCAGCUACUAAAUCCAAUAAUUCUGUUACAGGAGAAGAACCAGGUUCUGGCGCCCCCCAUCCUAUACCUAAGGCAGUUGGAGCGGAUGAUACCAAGCAGGACUAACUUUGGAAGUUUGAAACUUUUAACUGUAUUCAGCAAAAGCAAAUAUCGGUUACUUCCUCCUUGAGACAAUGCAGGUUCACCUAUAUUGGCAAAAUGAUGUGUCCUACGAAGAUCAUCUUGGUUAAUUUAGUUUGUGGAGAUUUGGAUAAUAUGCAACUGAACCUGUUUACAUUUUUCUUGGUAACUUGUACAUCUAUGUUUCAAAGCACACAUGACAUCUGAAUUGUAUCUCCAACUUAAUAAUAUUUCUUCAGUUGUGCUA